AUGGCCGAAUUUGAGGUGCUGCGCGGGGCUAGUGCCUCCGCACUGCGAGUGCGUCUUCAGGGCAAUGCAGCUGUUAGUGCGGAAAGCGAUGCUUUGGUGUCGAAAACGCACAAUGUGGAGGUGCGUGCAAGCUUGGGUUCUGGUGGCUUGGGUGGCCUGCUCGGUGGGGCAGCACGGAGUCUUCUGACCAACGAGUCCUUUUUCUUGCAGACCUUGGAGUGUAAAGGUGGUUCUGGCGAGGUGCUUGUAGCACCGGAGGAACAAGGAGACAUCGCCGUUGUGCAGCUCCCAGGCCCAAACUUGCCUGCCGUCUUUGUGACGAGCGGCGCUUUCUUGUGUGCAGAAACUGGCAUUGACACCAGCACUCGGGUGCAGGGUGUGUCGCAGGGACUUUUUAGUGGAAGCGGCCUCUUCCUCAUGCGAUGUAGUGGUCACGGGAAAUUAGCUAUGAGCUGCUUUGGCUCUUGUGUCCGAUAUGAUCUUCAGCCCGGAGAAUGCCGAGAAGUGGACAAUGGUCACCUUGUGGCAUGGGGCGAGUCAGUCAGCUAUAGCAUUGGCAUGGCUUCAACUUCAAUCCUUGGCAGCAUUGCCAGUGGUGAGGGCCUUCUGUGCACCUUCAGAGGUCCUGGGCCUGUUUGGAUACAGACGCACAAGUCCAAGCCACAAGAUCCAUCUUCCCGCCGAGCCAAGCAAAGCCCAGGUGGAACAUUGGUGGGGCUUUGUGUCUUUGGAUGCUUUCUCACGAUUUUUCUUGUGGUGAUCGUGAUCAUCGUCUUCUUUGCGGAUCAGUCCGAACUGAAGCCACGAAGGCGCCCCAGAAAGUUACUAGAUGAAUUCUGA